GCGGAUCGUCCCCUAAGCACCCUCCUUCACGUGUCCUUAUAAAUACGACUUGUCUCCCCAUUUUAUUUCAUCACACAAACAAACAAGUCUCUCCCUCUGGAUUUCGAUUCUUCACCUGGAGAUUCAAUUCCAAGUCUGCAGUUCAGAUCCUCUCAUUAACUGAAGAAAAUGUCUGGACGUGGAAAGGGAGGCAAGGGUCUGGGAAAGGGAGGAGCCAAGCGUCACCGUAAGGUUCUUCGUGAUAACAUUCAAGGUAUCACAAAGCCUGCAAUCCGCCGUCUUGCUCGUAGGGGUGGGGUCAAGCGUAUCAGUGGUUUGAUCUAUGAAGAGACUCGUGGUGUCCUCAAGAUCUUCCUUGAAAAUGUUAUAAGAGAUGCUGUGACCUACACCGAGCAUGCUCGCCGCAAGACUGUCACUGCCAUGGAUGUGGUGUACGCACUCAAGAGGCAGGGAAGAACUCUAUACGGUUUCGGUGGUUAGGGCUUUUGAUUUUAGAACAAGUCUUGUUGUCAAGAAAUUUGCCUUUUUUGGGGAUUGUAAUUAGAUUGGUAAUUAGGGUUUUUAGGUACUGUUUUGUAAGUAAGGUAAGGGUUUGGGUUGAUGGAUUUAACUUUGGGUUUUUGUUUGGGAAUGGAAUGGUGGUGUUCGGGAUCAAAUUUUGAUGGGCCCUUUGCUUUUUACUUAAUGGUUUGGACUUUCUGUCAAUUUGUGGACCGAGCUCCUUUGAUAGAUAGAGGCGGGUUACAUCAAUGUAGCAUGGCGGGAUUGGAGAUAACACACAGUGUUCGGGUCUCCUCGGAAAUCAACUCUGAAAGUUUUGGGACCCUGAAGGCCAUGUGCUCCGCUUAUCAGGGAACAUGAGUUGACCCUGUAAAGAAGGAAAUUAUUGUCCCUUUUCUAUGACGGAGCCCGUUUGUGUUUUUUAUUAUUUAAAAGUAUUUUUAAUAAAAAAUAAUAUUUAUUCUUUUUUCUUUAAA